UGUCCCGGUUGCAUCAUAAGCCGCUCCUCGUGGCGCAAAUGAACGGCCGCGAACACUUGCAGCCCGUCAAGCUAGUUCCGACUAGUUCGCCCUUGGCGUACGAUUUCAGAGCGAAACUGCAACAUAUUCCGCCGUCCGCCGCCCCUCGGCCGCCUACCUUCCAUCACAAACUUCUCGUUUGCGGCACCAACUCCGAGUAUCAUCUCGGUUUGCCAGACUAGAGCCAUGCCUGAGGUACGACAGGAAGAGCAGCAGGGCGCCGGGAGUAGUCUCGUGAAGACGCUCAUCCAGAGUGUGGGGAUCUUCUUCCUCAUCCAAUUCGCUACCAAGACGUUCCUCCCCCAGGCUCAACCCCAAAAUGCAGACCCCGCGAAAGGCGCCGCUGUCGCAGGCACAACUGUUCAGAUUCCUGCUUAUUCCGACCGCCCUAAUAGCUUGGACAUCGGUGCGCAGUACCAACCCAUUCCGCAGAACAUCGCGCCUAUGUGGCCAGUUGGAACUGAGCUGGAUAUCUUCAUGUACAUCUCGCCGUCCCUGGUGAUGCCCGCGCUGAAGUCGAUGCCCAAGGACUCUCUCCUUAUCGAAGAGAAGAAGUUCAAAUUCGGUGAUUGGAAAGAUAAUCGGGAGAUCCAUGCCGAGUUCGCUGUCCCCAGUUCGGUCCAGCAGAAUGCGACCCUGUUCGCGCACUUUUAUGUUGCUCAGAGUGGUGCCGUCCCCGACCCCACCGCCAUCGGCUAUGAUAUCUCCAAGGCCUACCAUUUCGUCCGCCCUUUGACAACGUAUCUGCCCAAGAAGAAAGUAGCGAAGACUCGUAAUUUACUUGCCAGCGCAGACGAUCUUGAACAGGAUGCGCAGGAAGCGAAGGCGCCCAAAGUUAUUGCUUCGUACUAUCAUCCCAACUUCACCAUCUCCCUAAUCCCUGAUUCUGGAGUCGUUAACUACCCGGUGAUGCACCCAGGCCCCAGGUCUUUCUUCCAACUGGAAGGAACUGGCGCCAGAGAUGCGUCCGGUCAACAUGGAUGGUAUUACCCCGUGCUGUUCACCAACACCUUCUGGCAGCUGAAGAAGCACAUGACCGAACUCAACUCCACCGUUACUCGGCUCCCCAUCAACGUCAAGCUCAACAACCUCAGCAACUGGAAGUUCUCCCUUUAUGCCUCUAUGGAAGAAAACAUGCGUUCCCAAGCCGUUGCAGCUGCAGCCGGCAAGCCCUCCCCUACAGGCGGCGACGGCACCGAAAUGGAAUUGUUCAAAGAAAUCCUCAUCGACAGCAACACCUACCUUCUCGGCAUCACAGCCGUAGUCUCCGUUCUGCACAUGUUUUUCGAAAUGCUCGCCUUCAAAAACGACGUCUCCCACUGGCGCAAAAAGAAAGACAACGUCGGCACCUCCUUCCGCACCAUAAUGGCCAACGUCUUCAUGCAGAGCAUCAUCUUCCUCUACCUCAUGGACAACAACGAAAACACAUCCUGGAUGAUCCUUUUCGGCCAGGGUAUGGGCAUCGCUAUUGAAGCCUGGAAAAUUACGAAAACCGUAAACGUCCGCAUCCGCCCCACUUCCCCCGGCUCUUUCCUCCCCUACACUAUUAAAUUCGAGGACAAACACAUCCUCUCCGAAACGGAGAAAAAAACACAGGAAUACGACCAAAUUGCCUUCAAGUAUUUGUACUGGGUCGCUGUUCCCUUGCUCCUAGCCUACGCUAUAUACUCCUUGCUAUACGAAUCCCAUAAAUCUUGGUACUCGUUCAUCAUCACUACGCUCGUGGGCUCCGUCUACGCCUAUGGCUUCUUAAUGAUGGUGCCAUCGCUGUACAUCAACUACAGGCUUAAAUCUGUCGCGCACAUGCCAGGCCGAGCAAUGACGUACAAGUUCCUGAAUACUUUUAUUGACGAUUUAUUCGCGUUUACGAUUAAAAUGCCGACGUUGCAUCGGCUAGCUACACUGAGAGAUGAUGUUAUUUUCUUUGUUUAUUUGUAUCAGACGUGGGUGUACAAGGUGGAUUAUUCUAGGAUUAAUGAGUUUGGACAGGGUGGGGAUGACGAGGAGGGAGAGGAGAAGAAGGCGGAUAUGUUGGUUGAGGGGGCGCCGGAUGCAGAGAAGGAGAAGGACGGGAAAGCGAAGGUGGCGGGGAAGGAGAAGGGGGAGGCGAAGACAACGGGUGCGCAGAAGAAGGGGGAGGGGAGGAAGAGGAAAUGA